AUGUGGGGUCUUAGUUCCCCCACCAGGGAUCAAACCCGCAUGCCUUGCAUUGGAAGGUGGAUUCUUAACCACCGGAGCCCCAGGGAAAUUCCUGGAUCCUCUUUGCUAACUCAUUAUCUGUUCUUUCCAAAUAACAUCCUCUGGAACACGCAUAUCAUCACCCAGGUAACCAAAGAUGCUGUCACACAAGUUGGAGUUGAGGAGUGUGUCCAUGGCCUCCAAGCCCCUUAUCUCUACAAGUUCAGCAUCGGCUAUAACGCUGGACUGUUAACCAGCCGUCCGUUUUCGGAGUCAGUUACGUAUCCACCAAAGGCUUCCCUGAUAGCUCAGCUGGUAAAGAAUCUGCCUGCAACGCAGGAGACCCUGGUUCGUUUCCUGGGUCAGGAAGAUCCCCCAGAGAAGGGAUAG